AUGGAACGAAUCAACGAGGAUUCUCCAAAAAGUGCGGGCUUGGGAUGGAGAAAACACAUUUGGGAUACAAUUCGAGAAGUGAAUUGCGAUGUUUCCGGAAGUUCUUCCACGAGCUCUCCUCUCCCACAGGAAAAGGAAGAAGCUGAAACCCAUAAGAAAUGCAAAGGCAACUUCAAUUUUGGCCUAUUCGAAGAGGCGCUUAAUCAUUUGGAGGACAAGGAUGAGCCAAACCAACAAGAUGCCCCGUUGGACUUUGAAAAGCUAUUUCAAAUUGACAAGGACACUCAAACAGCACGACGACAUCUGCGACAAAUUCACACGCACACCUUUAAUGAAGGCGACAUCGGAUUUUCGGGAACUUACGAUGCUGCGUCUGAUUUUUAUGCUGUGGCUGUUCGCGGAAGAAAUUUGGUGUCACUCUUUAACACCAACGAUGAAGGCUUAUUUGCCGGUGUCAAUCUCAUUUCUUCUACUUCCUACCCGGGAUUGUUGCCACUUGAAGCGGUAGCCAUAGUCAGCCCCGGAAUUCGCUACGCUGUAAUUGCCGGAGACGAAAUAAUUGGCUGCUCGUACGAGGCAGCAUGGGUAUACAAUUUAAUAUUCGACGGAAAGAAAAACAAUAUAACGAAGCUUCGGGGACUUACCGCUGAUACCAGGCGAGAAGUGCUUUUUACGUAUGAAUCCGGCGCUAAAAAGAUCCACUGCAUCAACGCGAAGAAGUCAGCUCGUGAUGAGUUGUUAUUUUCGUGUACCUAUGGAAGGCCCUUAUUUCAUCUCAAUCACAGCUUGGGAAUGCUACAAUUUGGAAAUGUUUCGUUUUUGCAUUAUCAUCGAGGAACCCUAGCAGUCUCCGAUCUUGGAACAUAUAAGCACACGGGACACGUAAAUCAAUGCAUGGUCAGAUCCUAUCAAGUCGAUUAUAAUGCGAAAAAGCUUGUGUUGAGGCACGAGUACUUCAAUGAAGAUGUUUUCAAACCGAACACGCCUGGCUAUAUUGCCUAUGGCUCUGGAAUCAUGAUUGACGACAAAGGCUGGGUAAUUGUUGGUGAUGCACGGGGAUCUUCUCUACAUGUAUUCAAUGAGCGCUUGCAACCGAUUUGCAUAAUCAACACUUUUGGAGAGCCGGGCGCGAAGCCGUACAUUGCCGGAAUCGCUCUUUCGCCAAAGAGUGUGCUUCUCGUCAGCCCACGUAGAGGUAAACCGCAAGUGAUGAUCUACAAGUAUGAGGAGGACAAUAUCAAACGUCAAUAUCAAUAUGCGGAACGGACAAAUUUUGUACAACGAGGAACUUGGAAUGGGCCACAACGGGGGAACUGGAAUGGAACACGACACGGAACCGGAUCGGCGCGCGGCGGAGGUCCCCGGGGCCGCUUUGGACAAUAU